AUGAGUGCAGCCGAAGAAGAAGCCGACGAACGGUUGCAAACGACCGGCGAUUUGAGCGCAUUGUCCACAAGAAGUCACACUUGCGGUGAACUCGCGGACACAGAUGUCGGCCAAAGAGUGAGACUCUGCGGUUGGAUUCAAUUCCAACGAAUGGCAAAGUUUGCGAUUCUUCGCGAUUCAUACGGUUUGACACAAAUUGUCUUAAACGACAAAAACCAUCAGAAGGUUGUGUCGAAACUGAUGCCCGAAUCGGUGCUCGAAGUGAUGGGACGAGUGGUCAGACGUCCCGAUAAGGACGUGAACCCAGCGCUCACGACCGGCGCCAUCGAAGUGGUGGCCGAAGAGGUGAAUGUGUUGAAUGAGUGCCGAAAAGACGUGCCGUUUAUUAUCAGAGACUACCAGAAGGUCAAUGAGAAGACGCGACUGGAGUUCCGGUACAUCGACUUAAGGCACCCGAAGAUGCAGUCGAUUCUGCGGCUGAGACAAUUCUUGACACAACAGUACGGCUUCGUUGAGGUCGAGACGCCCACACUGUUUAAGGCGACGCCCGGCGGCGCCAAAGAGUUUGUGGUUCCGACAGAAUUCAAGGACUGUUACUAUAAUUUAGUCCAAAGUCCGCAACAGUUUAAACAGCUAUUAAUGGUGGGCGGCAUCGAUAGGUACUUCCAAAUCGCCCGGUGCUAUAGGAAUGAGGGCACAAAACCCGACCGACAGCCAGAGUUCACACAAUUAGACUUAGAAAUGUCUUUUACGACUUCCGAUGGCAUCAUGUCUUUGAUCGAAGAGUUGAUUCAUUCGAUAAGUUUUGUUGAAAACUAUGAACCCUUCCCACGGAUGACAUACGCCGACGCUAUGCAACACUACGGCACCGAUAAACCAGACCUCAGGUCUGAUAUUAAGAUAAGAGCUGUGGAUACGUACGAAAUGAAUGCCCCCAUAGAUAAGGACGUGUGUCUAACACUAGUUAUCAAUGACUUGGAUAAAGACAUAAACGAUGAGAUUCUUCGUUAUAUGGACUCAAUCGGUGACAUCAAACGAGAGCUACAAUUCAGUGGACAACUGACUCAUGAGUUCGCCGAAGACUCGAAUCAACUCAACUUUGAUGGCGUGAAGGCGUUUCUCAGCGCUCUUAAGGCGAAUGGACUCGUAUUUUCUGAACAGCCGUUUGUUUUCUCUCGACAGCGAAGGGAUCACUAG